CGCUAGGGCCACCCCGGUGCGUGGCAGUGCCUGUGAGCGGUGGGGAGAGGAGUCAGCCUCCCUCUCUCUCCGCCCCAACCCCCUCCCCCCCGCCAGCCUCUCUCUGGCUGCAGUAGCAGCUGCGUCUGGGGAGGAACGUCCCGCGUGGAAUUUCCCCCCUCCGGCUCCUCCCCCCCGCCCACCCUGGGAUGGAACAGCCCGGCAGCCGCUGCAAGAAGGUCAAGCUGAGCAACAGGGCACAAAGCUGGGGAAUGCAGCGAGCCACCAACGUCACAUACCAAGCCCAUCAUGUCAGCCGGAACAAGAGAGGCCAAGUGGUGGGGACAAGAGGUGGCUUUCGCGGUUGCACAGUUUGGUUAACAGGGUUGUCGGGGGCUGGGAAGACCACAGUUAGCAUGGCAUUGGAGGAGUAUUUAGUAUGCCAUGGCAUUCCAUGCUACACAUUGGAUGGUGACAAUAUUCGCCAAGGCCUUAACAAGAAUUUGGGCUUCACUCCAGAAGACAGGGAAGAAAAUGUCCGCCGUAUUGCUGAGGUGGCUAAGUUGUUUGCAGAUGCUGGUCUGGUGUGCAUCACUAGUUUUAUCUCUCCUUACACUCAGGAUCGUAAUAAAGCUAGACAAAUUCAUGAAGGUGCAAGUUUGCCAUUUUUUGAAGUAUUCGUGGAUGCUCCACUGCAUGUAUGUGAACAGAGGGAUGUCAAAGGACUUUAUAAAAAAGCCAGAGCUGGAGAAAUUAAAGGUUUUACUGGCAUUGACUCUGAAUAUGAAAAGCCUGAGGCCCCAGAACUAGUGUUGAAAACUGAUUCCUGCAAUGUAAAUGAUUGCAUUCAACAAGUUGUAGAACUUCUUCAGGAAAGGGACAUUGUACCGGUGGAUGCCUCUUAUGAGGUGAAAGAGCUGUAUGUGCCAGAAAACAAGCUGAAGUUAGCCAAAACUGAUGCAGAGGCGCUGCUAAUGCUGGAAAUAAAUAAGGUGGAUAUGCAGUGGGUGCAAGUACUGGCAGAGGGUUGGGCAACGCCACUCAAUGGCUUUAUGAGAGAGAGAGAAUACUUGCAGUGCCUUCAUUUUGAUUGUCUUCUGGAUGGGGGCGUUAUUAAUCUGUCAGUGCCUAUAGUGCUGACAGCUACCCAGGAAGACAAAGAGAGACUGGAUGGAUGUACAGCUAUUGCACUAGUAUAUGAUGGGCGCCGUGUGGCCAUUCUCCGUAACCCAGAGUUCUACGAGCACAGAAAAGAGGAGCGCUGUGCCAGACAGUGGGGAACAACAUGCAAGGAACAUCCCUAUAUCAAGAUGGUUAUGGAACAAGGAGACUGGCUUGUUGGUGGAGAUCUACAAGUCCUCGACCGUAUUUAUUGGAAUGAUGGUCUUGAUCAAUACCGUCUCACACCUACUGAACUAAAGCAGAAGUUCAAGGAAAUGAAUGCUGAUGCAGUCUUUGCAUUCCAGCUACGCAACCCAGUGCACAACGGGCAUGCUCGUUUAAUGCAGGAUACUCAUAAGCAGCUUUUAGAACGAGGGUACCGCCGUCCAGUUCUGCUCCUGCAUCCACUUGGUGGCUGGACAAAGGAGGACGAUGUUCCGCUGAUGUGGCGUAUGAAGCAACAUGCAGCAGUACUUGAGGAAGGAAUACUGAAUCCAGAAACAACAGUGGUGGCCAUAUUUCCUUCUCCCAUGAUGUAUGCUGGACCAACUGAGGUACAGUGGCACUGCAGGUCUCGGAUGGUAGCUGGUGUUAACUUCUACAUUGUUGGACGGGAUCCGGCAGGCAUGCCACACCCAGAGACUGGGAAGGAUCUUUAUGAACCAACCCAUGGUGCUAAAGUGCUGACUAUGGCCCCUGGCCUCCGAGCACUGGAAAUUGUACCCUUCAGAGUUGCAGCAUACAACAAGAAAAAUAAAUGCAUGGAUUAUUAUGACCCUGAACAGCAUGAAGAUUUUGAAUUUAUUUCAGGGACCCGCAUGCGUAAGCUGGCUCGGGAAGGGCAAAACCCUCCAGAAGGUUUCAUGGCCCCCAAAGCCUGGACCGUGCUGACAGAGUACUACAAAUCCUUGGAGAAGGCUUAGGCUUCUUAUUAACUGCAGAUCAACCUUUGACGCCUGAUUUAUUAACAAGAAGGGGACCACACAAUCACCAUUCAUGCUGCUUUGUUGUGGUGUCUGUCAGGAAGUUCUUCCCUGAAAACAGACUUUCUCCCUAACUUAGCAUCAUUCUUUGCUUGUCUUAUGGGUUCUAUUAUGUACUGGCACCUACCAAACUGCUGUUUUUAAUGUUGUCGUCUUUUAUUACAGUUAAUAUUCUUGCAGUAGGAUUUUUAACUCUUGUCUUUUUAUAUUUUAUUGCCUCUGUGCUAUGAGCUCUGCAGCCAUUACCUCGAUGCAAUUUUUUUCACAUACUGUUUACAGUCUGAUUCCUUUUUGAUUUUGUUUUGCAGGAUGAAUUUAAUGAUUAGAUGAACAAUGGAUAGAUGAUCUAUAAAUGGGGGAGGGGAGGAAAUAGAUUUUAAAACUAUUGUAAAAUUGUACUCAGUAUUUUUCUGUCAAUUAGUGAUCCCAGAAGUAUUUAACUUUAAGCCUUAGUUGUAUGUAAUCUCAUAGCUAAAAGUUCUUUAUGCAGCACAAUUAAAUUUUUUUGCUUUCUAUAUUCA